AUGCGAUGGCCAGCCACGAGCCGAAGUGGCAGAACUCUUGACACAGAGCCCCGACAGACGUCGUGGAUCCAGCUUAGGCCACAAAUUCCCCAACUCCUGGACGCUAUCCUCACGGGAGACUGCCUGUCGUUUUGCCCCAUUCGCAAAGAUGCCUUUCUUCGCGAUUUCGAAUCGGAGACCGAUCAACACUGCUCUCCAGCUCUUGUAAGUACCCUCCUCGCCUUGGCCACCUUGUUGGUCCCGGAGAAGAUGGCAGCGCUUGCAGCGUCUUCCCCGGGAGGUAGCUCGCCAGAGGGUCUAGGUUACGCUUUUGCGCAAGACGCCGUAGCGUCAUUGUACAACGGGGAGAGAUUGCCGCGAAGAAUUGCAGACAUACAGGCGAUCGGAAUACUGGCUCUAUACUCCUUUUGUGGCGGCGAGUUGAAGGAUGGGCUGGGAUUUGCAGGCGAUUAUGGUAUUGCCAUUGCGACCCGAUGGGAGAGCAAGGAUGAUGAAGCAACCUUGCCGGAUCGUGAGACAUGUGCAUACAUUUAUUGCGCAGCCGUGUCCUUCAACAGAUUGUUUUUCUUGAUCGAAGACUAUCAGAAGACUCUAGACGAGCUCGCGAUCGAGGUUGGAAUAGAGAGGCCUGUUCUGCACGAUGCCAACAGCGCCGUCUUCACAACAAACAUUUCUGGUUCUAUGACUGAUGAUAUCUUCUUCAUGAGAGAUUUCAGUCUAUCACCCGAUGACCCGAAAGUCCUUGCUGCCAAGCUGUUCGAGUUUGCCGAAUGGGUGUACGAGGCCCGGUGCAAUCCCGAUAAAACUAUGGAGCAGGCGAUCGAGGUCUACCAAAACGGCCUGCAUUGGUAUGAUACUUUGUUUGAAUAUACCCGCAAAUGCAGUAGCCAAACGCCAUUCACGCUGUUUACCCACGCUUAUUAUCAGUUUGGUGUCAUGUGUCUGCUGACACCCUAUGUGCUGGAAUCGAUUCCCAUUACUUCGGAUGGGACGCUUCCCAUGGCCGCCUGUAGACAAGCAGCAGGAGAUAUCGCGCAGUUGGUACAGCACUAUGGCAAGCUGUACAACGAAGCGAACGUUUUUGAUUUCAUGACUUUUUUCAAGACUGCCAUGUUCUCUUUUCUGGAAAUAUGUAAUGCAAAGAUACCAACGUAA